CAGGGGAGGCGGGAGCUAACGUGCCAGGACCGACGCCAGUCCCUCUCGGCAUGGAUCGAAGCGCAGAGUUCCCGCGAUGGAAGGCGCAGUGUCUGGGCAAAGCAGACCUCAGCCGGAAGGGCAGUGUGGACGAGGAUGUGGCUGAGCUUGUGCAGCUCCUGAAUGGGCGAGAGCAGUUUUUUACCACCAGUUCCUGCUCUGGCCGCAUCAUCCUCCUGGAUGGGAGUAUAAAUGGCUUUGAAGUUCAUAAACAAAACUGUUACUGGCUACUAGUUACACAUAAACCUUGUGUAAAAGAUGAUCUGAUUGUGGCUCUGAAAAAAGCACAUGGUGAUGCCGUCUUGAAAUUUGAACCCCUCGUUCUUCACGUGCAGUGCCAGCAGCUGCGGGAUGCACAGCUCCUGCAUUCAGUGGCGAUAGAUUCUGGUUUCAGGAACUCUGGCAUAACAGUGGGAAAGAGAGGAAAGACUAUGUUGGCUGUCCGGAGCACACAUGGCUUAGAAGUUCCAUUAAGCCGUAAGGGAAAACUGAUGGUGACAGAGGAAUACAUCGACUUCCUACUAGAGAUAGCAAAUCAAAAAAUGGAGGAAAACAAGAAGAGAAUUGAAAGGUUUUAUAACUGCCUACAACGUGCUUUGGAAAGAGACACUGUUACUGGCUUACAUCCCAAAGAGAAAAUCAUCGAGAAGAAUCAUUCCUGUUCUCGUAAGAAGAAAAGAAGCCGAGAGAAAACACGUGGCGAGUGUGUUACUAAAGAAAAUUAUAAAGAACUUGAAAACGAUGAUGAUCCGGGAAUCGGCGUUACUAUCUUCCCUGAAGAUUAUUACUAAGAUUUGGUUCUAAACUGUUUUUGGUAGAAUAAUGUUACUAAUUAUUAUAAAGCUGCUCUUCAUAAGAGUAUUUUAGUUUGUUGAGUGUAUCAGACAUUCAGAAAAGCAAGAUUUAAUUUUUCUCUAUUUUAGAGAUACCUAUCUUAUAAACAUAGAUGCCUUUUUUAAAUAGCUG